ACUUAAAUCAUGAAAAAAAGAAAAAAAAAAAAAAGAAAAAGCUCUUGGUGCUGAGGAUCUAGCCAGUCGGCUUGAAAUUCUGGCCAGCCGAUGAGUAAUUUCUGUGAGAGGGGUUGGUAGUCGGAGCUACAGAGGAAGAUUGGUUUCCGAGGGAGGGAAGAACCGUGCAGGAAUUCUCACACGAUGGCAGAGAGGGCAAAGGGAAGGUCACCUGGGUCCUCUGUGGCAGAAUGGUUGAACAAAAUCCGGCUAAACACAAGGCAUAUUUUACUAAAAGGUGUCGGGCCCGGGUUCGAGUCCACAGCGUCGUGUUAGGACGCUCAUGUUGUAAAAUGGUGUGUUAGAAUGGUUUCAAGGGUGAGUGCCGAGUUGUGCGACCUUGGGCAAGUCAUUCAGCCUCCUUAUAGCUUCUGGCAGAGGAGACGACAUUUGCAACUUCAUCGUGGUGGUGUUUGAGGAGGGAGUUGUAUCUAAGCAAGCAAAUUAAUAAUUUAUUGUUUUCUGAACUGGGGAUUGAAUCCAGGGCCCCUUUGCCCCCCAUGCAAGCUAAGCAAGUGUUUUUUUACUACUGGGCUGUAUCUCCAGUUUGUUUUUUGAGACAGGGUCUCACGAAUUUGCCCAGGCUGGCCUUGAACUUGCCAUCCCAAGUCUACCCAAUAACUGGGAUUACAAAUGUACACUUACCAUGUCCAGAGCAAGCAAAACUCACUCACCCGGUUUUGGGGCACCUGGAAACAUUCAGGAACUAAGCUGAGAGAAGACUUUUCCAAGGUCCCACUUGGUGGGAAACAGAACGUGUUCUCUGCUCUUGUGAAUUGAGUAAGCUUUUCCUGACAUUGGGUGGCUACGUAGACACUCAAGACAUUUUUUUAUGACUAACCAGAUCUUUUGGUGGUAUUAUUUUGGAACAGUAACACCAGUUACAAACCCACUUAAUUUAACAGACAAAUAGGAUUUGCUGAGGUUUACCCUGCCCACCUCCACCUCAUCUGUGAUGACUUUUCACCCACCGUCCUUCAGAUCUUGAAUUUGGUCUGUUUUAUUUUAGAUGGAAAUUUGUGAGUAAAUCAAAGUUUCUUGUAUAAUUUGAGUGUGUUGAUUGUUAUGCUGUUGAGAGAGAUUGCAGUUAUCCAUUAAUUACUUGUAUUUGGCACGUGAAGGUUUCUGAUUUAAAACAAAAAGAAGUAACUAUAGUAGCACCCUUUUCAUGAUGACAAGUAGUGUUUAGUCAUUUCUGUUUGUGGUGCAGAGUUAGCAGAGUGGUCUGCAUAAGUUUGGAGAUACUUCACCACGGAGCUAUGUGCCGAGUCAUAGAUUUUAUUUUUUCUUUUGUAGAUAGGAUCUCCCAUGUUGUCUAGGGGGCUUCAACUUGAGAUCCUCAGGCCUCAGCCUCUGGAGUCCUGGGAUUACAGGACUAUGCUGGCUAUAUUAUACUGGGUUAUGUUGUGUUUUGUUUUGUUUUUUCAAGACAGGGUUUCUCUGUGUAGUUUUGGUGCUUGUCCUGGAUCUUGUUCUGUAGACCAGACUGGCCUUGAACUCACAGAGAUCCGCCUGGCUCUGCCUCCCGAGUGCUGGGAUUAAAGGCGUGCGCCACCACUGCCCGGCUGUUAUGUUGUUUUUUUGAGACAGGGUCUCUUGUAGUCCAGUCUGACCUUGAAUUUAUGUAGCCUGGCUGGCUUUGAACUCAGUUCUCUUGCCUCUCCCUCCCAGGUGCUGGGAUUACAGGUGGGAGGUAUCACCGUAGGCUCUAUUACGCAUAUUUUAGACAAAUAAAGCAUAAUGCUGAAAGUAGAGAACAAUAGGAAACUUGACUGUGUGAUGGUUAACACUGAUGGUCAACUUGACAGGAUCCAGAGUCCUGAGUAGACAAGCUUCAAGACAUCCCUGUGAGGAAUUAGCUGAGUUGAAGCUAAUUGAGGUAGGAAGACUCCCCUAAGGUUGGCACCAUGUCCUGUGUUUGGGUCCUGGACUGAAAAAAAAGGACAAAGCUAGUUGGACACCAACAUUCACUGUCCUCUGGUUCUUGACUGUGGGUGUCUUGGGACCAGCUGCCUCAAGCGCCUGCUAUGACUUCUCCACAAUGGACUGUGCCCUUGAACCGGGAGGCAGAAUAAACCCUUUCUCCCUCAAGACUUCUUCUGUCAGGGUAUUCCAUCACAGCAACAGGAAAAGACACUGGGACAACUUGGAAACACUCCUUUGAAAAUUCAGCCAUCACAGUACGCUUAAUAACCAAGGACAGUCUGACCAACUGUGUUGGAGUAAACUUUCUUUUUAAUUUUUAUGUGAUUCCUAUACAUGGUGAUUCCGUAGAAAAUGUGCCUGGCUGGGUGUGAUGAAAGGUACUUGUAGUCACAGAUAGUUAGAGGUGGGGACAAGGGAAGCGCUGAACUCAACUCUGGAAUUUGAGCACCUAGCAGCCCCAUUUCAAAAAAAAAGUUCCCCAGGGACUAAAUGAUAUGAUGAAAUAAGAUAGCACCACCUUGAAAGAUUCCUGCUUCAACCCCCACUCCCCUCCCCCCCCAAAAAAAGACUGAAGCACUUGCCUCCCGUGUGCCAGGAUCUGGGUGCAAUCCCUAGUAGUGGGGGGUGGGGGUGGGAAGGGAGAGAAAUUGAAUCUCUUCGGACCUCUAAAUCUACCUGUCACCUUCAACUAAGAAACUAGGAGAAAAAGUCGCAUAACACCGAGGAACCAGUCAGGACAUUCUACAGACAAAGGAGUGAAGGAACAGAGCGACAAGGAGAAUUAUUUUCUGUAGAAGUCUUGUGAGACCACCGCACAAAUAGAGUGAUGAUUAUACAAAGAGUGGUAUUGAAUUCCCGACCUGGGAAAAAUGGUAAUCCAGUGGCAGAGAAUUUCAGGAUGGAAGAAGUCAGUUUACCAGAUAAUAUCAAUGAAGGACAAGUUCGAGUCAGAACUCUCUAUCUCUCUGUGGAUCCCUACAUGCGCUGUAAGAUGAAUGAAGACACCGGAACUGAUUAUCUAGCACCCUGGCAGCUGUCUCAGGUGGCGGAUGGUGGAGGUAUUGGAAUUAUAGAAGAGAGCAAGCACAUACAUUUGGCUAAAGGCGAUUUUGUGACUUCUUUUUAUUGGCCCUGGCAAACUAAAGCAAUUCUAGAUGGGAAUGGCCUUGAAAAGGUAGACCCACAACUUGUGGACGAACAUCUUUCAUAUUUUCUUGGAGCUGUGGGUAUGCCUGGUUUGACUUCCUUGAUUGGGGUCCAGGAAAAAGGUCACAUAUCUGCGGGGUCUAAUCAGACAAUGGUUGUCAGUGGAGCAGCAGGGGCCUGCGGAUCUUUGGCUGGCCAGAUUGGCCGCCUGCUUGGCUGUUCCAGAGUGGUGGGAAUUUGUGGAACACAUGAGAAAUGCCUCUUUCUGACUUCAGAACUGGGGUUUGACGCUGCAGUGAAUUAUAAAACAGGAAAUGUAGCGGAGCAGCUCCGAGAAUCAUGCCCAGCUGGAGUGGAUGUUUACUUCGACAAUGUUGGAGGGGACAUCAGUGAUACAGUGAUAAGUCAGAUGAAUCAGAACAGCCACAUCAUCCUAUGUGGUCAAAUUUCUCAGUACAAUAAAGAUGUGCCUUAUCCUCCUCCACUGUCCCCUGCUGUAGAAGCAAUCCAGAAGGAAAGAAACAUCACAAGAGAGAGAUUUACCGUGUUAAAUUACAGAGAUAAAUUUCAGCCGGGACUUCUGCAGCUGAGUCAGUGGUUUAAAGAGGGCAAGCUAAAGAUCAAAGAGAGCGUGAUAAAUGGAUUGGAAAACAUGGGAGUUGCAUUCCAAUCCAUGAUGACCGGAGGCAACAUAGGGAAGCAGAUCGUCUGCAUUUCAGAAGAUUCUUCUCUGUAGUCUUUGUGUACCUUGGUCAAGGAAACCCUACAUUUCCUACUUUGCACAGAGAUACUUAAGAUACAUUUAAGAAAGAAUCUUACAGUAGAUAAUUCUUGAUUUAAGUGUGAUAAUAUUUUCUUAAUUGCAUAACCUUUUUAUCUUCAAUAUCAUAUAUUAAUUAUAUAUCUAACAUGUGUUUGCUAACCAUAAUACAAUGGUUCUCAACCUGUGGGUUGUGACCCCCCCUGGGGUCACAUAUCAGAUACCCUGCAUAUCAGAUAUUUACAUUACGAUUCAUAACAGUAGCAAAAUUAGAGUUAUGAAGUAGCAGUGGAAUAAUUUUAUGGUUGGGGUCACAACAUGAGGAACUGUAUUAAAGGGUGCAGCAUUAGGAGGGUUGAGAACCAUUGCUACAAUAGAUUGAAGUUAGUUUCAUCUGUUUUUCCCUUUUUUAUUUUACUUUUGAAACAGGAUCUCAAUAUGAAGUCCACACUGGCCUUAAACUUGUGAUUCUUCUGGCCCUGUCUCUUGAGUGCUGGGAUCACAGGCAUGCCUGAUUUUUCUUAUAAUAAUAAACUAGUAAUAGUAAUUAUUUCGGAGAUGGGCCUGUUAGUAUAGCUCAGGCUGGACUGACUCCUCAGGUUCCUCACUGCCAUUAUCGCUGGGAUUCCAGGCAUGUGUUACUCAUUAUACUUGGCUAAUUUUGUUUGUUAAAACUAAUGUUACAUAUAUUUGUAUCAAAUAUUUUAUGACCCCUGGAUAGUUAAUACGAUUAUUAAUGGAUCAUCUGUAUACAUCUUUAAAUUAUUUUUAAAACUGAGUCAACAUUCUAGUAAUUCUAAGAUCAGAAGCAGUUAACAUUUGUUGACCUGGGGAAAUUUUUAACAUUAUUCUUAAAGUGAGAAUAUUAGAAUUGAGAUGAGCUUUCUAUAUUUUAUAUGGAAGAGAGACUUUAAAAAUCUUUAUGUACCAAUGUGUCUUUCUGUGCACCACAUGCAUGCCUGGUGCCUGCAGAGGCCAGAAGAGGGCAUUGGAUCCCUUGGAACUGGAGAAUUUUGAGCCACCAUGUGGGUGCUGUGUUCUUGAACGCAGGUCCUUUGGUAGAGCAGCAGGUGCUCUUAACUGCAGAGCCAUCUCUCCAGCCUGCCAAAAGAGAGGCUUGGAAUAGUAUAAGUACAUAGGGUUGGGGGCAGCAUUGGGAGGAUCAGAUUGUGGAACGGUUAUGGGGAAGAAGAGCAGAAGUGUUGGGUUGGGAGCAGUGUGAGAAGAUGAUGAAGUCAGUGGAGUUGAUGGGAAGCUCAAGAGACCAGAUCUGCACCCAGAAGAUGAUCUAUUUGUGUUCUGCCAAAUUACUGUGUAGCAAGUCUAAAAAAGCUUGUGUUUACUGGAGGAAUUUUUUUUUGUGACAGUCUGUUAUGUAGCUUGCUAUGUAACCCAGGCUGGCCUGGAACUUGAAGAUCUCCACCUGCCUGCCUACCUCCAGAGGCUAGUGUUAAAGGCCUGUACUUUGGGACACUUGGGAGAGCAAAUAGAUAUAAACAUCACUUGGAAUUUCAUUGAUUAAAGUGGGUUGGGUGAGUGAGUGAUCAGGGCAGAACACUGCUCCGUAUUCUAGGGACCUUCUCCGUAUUCUAGGGACCUUGGGGUUAAUCCCCAAUAGGAACCCCCAUUCCCAAGAAGCCCCAAGUAAAAAAAGCUUCAGGAAAUGAUAGGACUAAGUAAAUUAACCAAGGGUUGUAGACAAGAGUAUUCCAGAUAUUGAGGUAUCUCAUUUGUCUUAUUAAUUGUAACUCAACUUUUGGAAAAGUAAAACUGAAGAUGUUUUCUGAGUGUGAUUUAUGGCCACUUUUUUACACAGCCAAUGUACUUUAUAGGUGACACUUGCAAUAAACAUAUUCAAAUUGUA